CAAUUGACAAUAUUACUAGAUUAAACUUAGACUUUGGCAAAUAGCUUCCUAGUGUACUAUAGGAAGGAAAAUCCUCCUUUCUUCAUAGCCUUUUAGUUGUGGAAGUUUUCGGAGUCUGAAACAAUGUGGAAGCUGAAGCUUAGUGAGGGCAAUGAUGUGAGGCUUGAAAGCGCAAAUAAUCAUAUUGGAAGGCAAUACUGGGAGUUUGACCCGAAUCUCGGAACACCCCAAGAGCAAGCUCAAGUGGAGAAAGCUCGUGAUGAGUUUAAGAAGAAUCGGUUUCAAGAUAAACAAAGUUCUGAUCUCCUAAUGAGACUUCAGUGUUCAAGGGAGAAUCCAUGUGAGAUGGAGCUACAACAGGUGAAAGUGAAAACUGAGAAAGAAAUAACUGAGGAGGCAAUGACAACCACAUUGAGAAGGGCCUUGAGGUUCUACUCAACAUUGCAGACUAAAGAUGGGUUCUGGCCAGGUGACUAUGGUGGCCCCUUAUUUCUCUUACCUGGCUUGGUAAUUGGCUUAUCUAUAACGGGGGCCCUUAAUGCAAUCUUGCCUCUUGAGCAUCGACAUGAGAUACACCGCUAUCUCUACAACCAUCAGAAUAUUGAUGGAGGUUGGGGAUUACAUAUAGAAGGAACUAGCACAAUGUUCUGUACAGCUCUCUGCUAUGUCACCCUAAGAUUGCUAGGUGAAGCAAUGGAUGGUGGGGAUGGUUCCAUGGAGAAAGCAAGAAAAUGGACUCUUGAUCAUGGUGGCGUCACCUACAUUCCAUCAUGGGGCAAGAUGUGGCUUUCAGUACUUGGGGUAUACGAGUGGAGUGGCAACAAUCCAUUAUCCCCAGAAAUAUGGCUUCUUCCUUACUUUCUUCCUGUACAUCCAGGACGAAUGUGGUGUCAUUGUCGGAUGGUGUAUUUGCCAAUGUCGUAUUUGUAUGGGAGAAGAUACGUGGGUCCCAUCAACAGUAUUAUUCUCUCGCUCAGAAGAGAGCUCUAUACUCAACCCUACCAUCAAAUCAAUUGGGAUCAAGCCAGAAAUUUGUGUGCUAAGGAGGACCUGUAUUGCCCACAUUCGAAGGUACAAGACAUGCUGUGGGGUUGUCUUGACAAGGUUGCGGAACCUCUCCUAAUGCAAUGGCCUUUCUCAAAGCUGCGACAGAAGGCUCUUGACACUGUGAUGCAACAUAUCCACUAUGAAGAUGAAAACACUCGGUAUAUCUGCCUUGGUCCUGUUAAUAAGGUACUAAACAUGGUCUGUCGUUGGGUGGAAGAUCCAAAUUCAGAGGCGUAUCAGUGUCACCUUGAAAGAAUCAAAGAUUAUUUAUGGGUAGCUGAAGAUGGAAUGAAAAUGCAGGGAUAUAAUGGUUCUCAACUAUGGGAUGUGGCACUUGCGGCUCAAGCAAUCCUGGCUACCGACCUUGUAGACGAAUAUGGUUCAAUGCUUAAAAAGGCGCACAAUUUUAUAAAAAAUACACAAGUUAGAACAAACAGCUCAGGUGAUCUUCAUUACUGGUAUCGCCAUAUUUCAAAGGGUGGAUGGCCCUUCUCAACUCCAGACAAUGGUUGGAUUGUGUCAGAUUGUACAGCUGAAGGUUUGAAGUCAGCACUUUUGUUAUCACAAAUGCCGUCUGACAUUGUGGGAGAGGCAAUAGCAGCAGAUAAACUAUAUGACGCUGUUAAUGUGAUUUUAUCACUACAGAACAACAAUGGUGGGUUUGCUUCAUACGAGCUCACAAGAUCUUAUGCGUGGUUAGAGAUGAUCAACCCAUCGGAAACGUUUGGAGAUAAUAUCAUUGAUUAUCAGUAUGUGGAAUGCACUUCAUCAGCUAUACAGGGUCUGAAAUCAUUCGUGAAACUGCACCCUGGACAUCGGAGGACAGAAAUAGAAGCAUGUAUAGCAAAGGCAGCUAAUUUCAUUGAGAGCAUACAACUACCUGAUGGCUCUUGGAUUGGAUCUUGGGGAGUUUGCUUCACCUAUGCAACAUGGUUUGGGAUAAAGGGUCUGGUGGCUACUGGUAAGACCUACCAUAAUAGCUACAGCAUUAGAAGAGCAUGUGAUUUCUUACUUUCCAAACAGCUUGAUUCAGGUGGUUGGGGAGAAAGCUACCUGUCAUGCCAAGAUAAGGUAUACAGCAGUCUGGACAGAGCACACAUAGUAAAUACUGGAUGGGCUAUGUUAUCUCUUAUUGAAGCUGGCCAGGCCCAGCGAGAUGCGACUCCCUUACAUCGUGCAGCCAAGGUUUUGAUUAAUGCACAAAUGGAAAAUGGAGACUUCCCUCAGCAGGAAAUCAUGGGAGUUUUCAACAAGAACGGUAUGAUCAGUUGUUCAGUGUACAGAAAUAUCUUUCCUAUAUGGGCCCUUGGAGAGUACCGCAAUAAUGUGCUUCUGAUUUCUAAAAAGUGGUAAAAGUAUUAAUCAAGGUGAAGAAGUGCUUGUGUGUAUGUGUGAAUAAUUAUGUCAAAAUGGAUGAUGAAUUUCACUCUGUGGUUUUUAUGUUGGUUUUUCUUUUUUCGACCUUUCUUGGUAGGAUGUGUUAAUUCUUCCUGUGUACACUUAAACUUACAAUUAAACUUUAUAAGUUCAUUCGUGAAAAUUUUUUCUUUA